AUGUCCAGUGUCCUCCCAGACCAAAUCGGCGAUGCCACCCAAGACAAGAUUCUGCAAUUUCUCAAGAACUUCUAUACCCUCCUGGACGGCGAGACACUCCAGGCUGCCCAAGAAUGGAGCGACAUGUUCGAUGAAGACGGCGAGUUCGUCACACCGGCUCAGACCCUGACUGGUCGUCAAGCGCUCCGAGCCCAGCGUGAGCAGUUCUGGACUCAGUUCCCUGGUCUAAAGCACCAGCCCAUCCGCUUUUAA